AUGAAGACGUUCCUGGUACUUAUAGGCAUUGCAUGUCUACUCUCGUCGGCGAACUCGGCCGCAAGCUGCUCUGAAUGUGGUGGUAAGACGUGCAUGCUAGACGGCACAGCGACGUCUGUAAGAGGCGGGGCGACAUCUGUCCAAGUGAACUUUUGCAAUUACGACAGCUCUAAAAACAACCAGUACGUGCUCAGCUUCGGGGUAUCAUCCCUCCCAAGCUGUGACACCAGCAACACGAUACUCCCUGUUCUGUCGUCGCUCGUGGCGGCCGAUGGGUGCACGGCCGAAGCUUGUGCUGUCACUGUGAACUUUAAAUCUGCUCUGGAUUGGGCCAUCGCAUUGCAGAACAAUGGAGUGAACAACAAAUUAACAGCACAGUUGACGGCUGGAGGUAACUCAGACGUUGUGACAAUUGCUACAUUUGAGACAAUGGCAGCUGCUGUCAUGAAUAGCGGCACGGCAAGCAUUUCGGUUUGCGCCACGGAGCUCGAGAUCAGUGGCUCGAGGUUCUCGAGUGUGGAAAGCUGCAAUAAGGCGCAUAUUUGCAGAGGAGCGAGCACGGACACGACAUGUACGAUGGAGUUGAUGAACAAUGUACAGGUCCGAGAUGUCAGCUGUGAUGGAGAAGCCUGUACGGGCAAAGUGACGUGGAGUCAGCCACUUCCCUGUGACGGGAGUACUGGAGACGCUACGGCGUUGAUUGUGGGCAUGACGGUGGCAAGUAGCACGCACUCAAACUUUGUAAGUGUGGGCAGUAUGACGGCUCCGACCUUUGAUAUCUUAGACGCCAGUGGGUUGAAGAGUGGAAGUUCAGAGUUGGUUCUGACAACGGACACUUUCUGUUCCUCCUCGGGUAUUUCACUCAACGUGUCGUUGGCAGAUAAAAGCGAAACGGUCAAAGUGAGUAGCGUGAACUCGACUAUAAAGGGAUCGGUGAUUGUGAAGCUGGCGUCGCCGUUGAGCGGCGACCUGGAUCAUGACGAUAUGCAGCUAUCACUUUCGCAGUGCGGUGUGUUGGUAACAAGAUUGUUCUCCGCUGGAAAGGGCUCCGGCGACUCGUUGCCGUCGGAAGGUUUGGAGAACACGGUAGCAGGCACUACCGAAUCGAGAUCUACGCAAGAGACGAACUCUUCCACAGGACUUUCGAAUAGCAUUAUUGUGGCUAGUGUGAUUGCUGCCGUGGCUACCGCCGGCUUCGUAUUUGAGUACGUCCAUCACAAGAUGCGGCAACCGAAGCCGUUGGCGCAAGACCCACUUGUCGCAACGACUGCGUAA